GCAUCCCCCGAGGUUCUGGGGAAGCUUCGUGACGCCACAGGUCCCGCCCCCAGCUCCGGCCACGGGCGAGUGCGUGCUGACGUCAUGCUGCGUGCGGGCCGGUGCGGAAUCGCUCCUUCAACUCCUCGGGGCAGGAGGAGUUAGUUAGCAAAGAGCCGAGGCUGGGUGCACGACCCUCGUCCUUCUGCCCCUGGCCGCACGCUUUGCGCACAUCUCUUUUCUGCAUGGUGGAUAUUAUUUUUCACUAUCCUUUUCUAGGUACUAUGGGGGAUCAUUCCAAGAAGAAGCCCGGGACGGCCAUGUGCGUGGGCUGCGGGAGUCAGAUCCACGAUCAGUUUAUCCUGCGGGUGUCGCCAGACCUCGAGUGGCACGCCGCCUGCCUCAAGUGCGCCGAAUGCAGCCAGUACCUGGACGAGACGUGCACGUGCUUCGUGAGAGACGGGAAGACCUACUGCAAGCGGGACUACGUCAGGCUCUUCGGCAUCAAGUGCGCCAAGUGCCAGGUGGGCUUCAGCAGCAGCGAUCUGGUGAUGCGGGCGCGGGACAGCGUGUACCACAUCGAGUGUUUCCGCUGCUCAGUGUGCAGCCGCCAGCUGCUUCCCGGAGACGAAUUCUCGCUGCGGGAGCACGAGCUGCUCUGCCGCGCCGACCACGGCCUCCUGCUCGAGCGCGCGGCGGCCGGCAGCCCGCGCAGCCCCGGCCCGCUUCCCGGCGCCCGCGGCCUGCAUCUGCCAGACCCGGGAUCCGGCCGGCAGCCUUCGCUGCGCCCACACGUGCACAAACAGACCGAGAAGACAACCCGCGUGCGAACCGUGCUGAACGAGAAGCAGCUGCACACACUGCGGACGUGCUACGCCGCCAACCCGCGGCCCGACGCGCUCAUGAAGGAGCAGCUGGUGGAGAUGACCGGCCUGAGCCCGCGGGUCAUCCGCGUCUGGUUCCAGAACAAGCGGUGCAAGGACAAGAAGAAAUCCAUCCUCAUGAAGCAGCUGCAGCAGCAGCAGCACAACGACAAGACGAGCCUCCAGGGACUGACCGGGACGCCCCUGGUGGCGGGCAGCCCCAUCCGCCACGAGAGCGCCGUGCAGGGCAGUGCAGUCGAGGUGCAGACGUACCAGCCGCCGUGGAAAGCGCUCAGCGAGUUCGCGCUCCAGAGUGACCUGGAUCAACCCGCCUUCCAGCAGCUGGUCUCUUUCUCUGAGUCCGGCUCCCUAGGCAACUCCUCCGGCAGCGACGUGACCUCCUUGUCCUCGCAGCUCCCGGACACCCCCAACAGCAUGGUGCCGAGUCCCGUGGAGACGUGAGGGGGGACCCUUCCCCGCCAGCCCGCGGACCUCGCAUGCUCCCUGCAUGAGACUCACCCAUGCUCAGGCCAUACCAGCUCCGAAAACUCUCUCGCCUUUGUAAUUAUGAUUGUUGUUAUUUAAAGAGAAAAAGGACUGAGAGAGGAGGUCGGGACAGCCAAAAUCGCCUGGAUGCAACCUGCUUUCACCAGACUGGAGAGCGCCGCUCCGAGGACUUUUAUUUUUACAAAACCAGAAUUUGGGUUGACUAGAGUUAGCUCUGCCCCCUCCUCUCCCUCGGUCCGCGGCGCCCCCGUCCACAUACCCACCUGUGCGUGGAGCUUGCGCGGGGUAGGUCCCGCGCCCGCCGAGCCUCGCGCUCUCCCGCGCGGACCGUGGGUCUGCCUCGGCCCGGCCCCGCGCUUCCAGGUGGCUUCGCCCGCUCUCUAGCGGGGAAGAGGACGGGGGCAAUCCAAAGGAACAGACACUCAAUCCCCCAAAGCGCAUGAUUGCCGGAAAAAAGUAGAAACGAGACUUUCCUUGAAAAUGUUUUAAAUUAUCAGUCGACGGAGGACAGAGUGUGUGAGCCUUUGCCGAACAAAACGUAAGUUAUUGUUAUUUAUUGUGAGGACAGCCAGUUCAUAGUGGGACGAAUAUUUUGAUCUUAAUAAAAAAGAAAUAAUAACCCUA